CCUCCCCCGGGAGCCGCCGCUGCAAAGCCAGGCUGGGGCCGCCGGGCCGGGCCAGCGCCCUCUAGGCAGCGGAAGUGGAGCUUGCUUUACAUCCGUCCUCCCCGCCUGGCGGAGUUGGGAGAAGGCAGGCUGGGGGGUGUGGAAAAAUAAAAGGAAAAGUCCCUGCACCAUGUAGAUCAGCGCCCCGCAGCCUGGCACCCCGGCCGGCCGGGGGCCUCCCAGUCUGCGGCCAUGAACGCGAGCAGCGAGGGCGACGGCUUCCCGGGCUCGGUGCAAAUUCCAGGUGGUACAACGGUGCUGGUUGAGCUUACUCCCGACAUCCACAUCUGUGGCCUCUGCAAGCAGCAGUUUAACAACCUGGAUGCCUUUGUAGCUCACAAGCAGAGUGGCUGCCAGCUGACCAGCACGUCCGGGGCAGCCCCCAGCACGGUCCAGUUUGUAUCUGAAGAAACAGUGCCUGCCACCCAAACUCAGACCACCACCAGAACCAUCACCUCAGAGACCCAGACGAUCACAGUUUCAGCUCCAGAAUUUGUGUUUGAACAUGGCUAUCAGACAUAUCUGCCCACGGAAAGCAAUGAAAACCAGACAGCCACUGUCAUCUCUCUGCCUGCCAAGUCACGUGCCAAAAAGCCCACAGCCCCACCUGCUCAGAAGAGGCUUAACUGUUGCUAUCCAGGUUGCCAGUUCAAGACUGCCUAUGGCAUGAAGGACAUGGAGCGUCAUUUAAAAAUUCACACUGGAGACAAGCCCCACAAGUGUGAGGUCUGUGGCAAGUGCUUCAGCCGGAAGGAUAAGCUGAAGACCCACAUGCGCUGCCACACGGGUGUGAAGCCCUACAAGUGUAAGACAUGCGACUACGCCGCAGCUGACAGCAGCAGCCUCAACAAACACCUGCGCAUACACUCGGAUGAGCGGCCCUUCAAGUGCCAGAUCUGCCCCUACGCCAGCCGCAACUCAAGCCAGCUCACCGUGCACCUGCGGUCCCACACAGCUUCAGAACUAGAUAAUGAUGUUCCCAAACCAACUUGUCCCUCCACGGACAGCAGUGAUGCCCAGAAAGCCCCUGCCUCGGCCCCCCCCUCAGAGUCCAAGGAACAAACCGUGACCCUCGGAGAAAGGACAUUCAAUUGUUGCUACCCAGGUUGCCACUUCAAAACUGUUCAUGGCAUGAAAGAUUUGGACCGCCAUCUGAGAAUCCACACGGGAGACAAACCACACAAAUGUGAGUUCUGUGACAAGUGCUUCAGCCGGAAAGACAACCUGACCAUGCACAUGCGUUGCCACACCAGUGUGAAGCCCCACAAGUGUCACCUGUGUGAUUACGCCGCUGUGGACAGCAGCAGUCUCAAGAAGCACCUGAGGAUACACUCUGAUGAGCGGCCAUACAAAUGCCAGCUCUGCCCCUACGCCAGCCGCAAUUCCAGCCAGCUCACCGUCCACCUGCGGUCCCACACAGGGGACACCCCCUUCCAGUGCUGGCUCUGUAGCGCCAAGUUCAAAAUCAGCUCGGACUUGAAAAGGCACAUGAUCGUGCACUCGGGGGAGAAGCCUUUCAAGUGCGAGUUCUGCGACGUGCGCUGCACCAUGAAGGCCAACCUCAAGUCGCACAUCCGCAUCAAGCACACGUUCAAGUGCCUGCACUGCUCGUUCCAGGGCCGGGACCGGGCGGACCUCCUGGAGCACAGCCGGCUGCAUCAGGCCGACCACCCGGAGAAGUGUCCCGAGUGCAGCUACUCGUGCUCCAGCGCCGCGGCGCUGCGCGUCCACAGCAGGGUGCACUGCACCGACCGCCCCUUCAAGUGUGACUUCUGCAGCUUCGACACGAAGCGGCCCAGCAGCCUGGCCAAGCACAUUGACAAGGUGCACAGGGACGAGACCAAAACGGAGAACCAGGCCCCGCAGGGCCAGGAAGGGGCCCGCGGGGGCAGCUCCCAGCAUGUGGCCAAAAUAGUGACCCAGCGGGCCUUCCGCUGCGAGACCUGCGGUGCCUCCUUCGUCAGGGACGACUCCCUGAGAUGCCAUAAGAAGCAGCACAAUGACCAGAGUGAGACCAAGAACUCAGACUUGGUCACCUUCCCACCCGAAAGCAGUGCCUCGGGGCAGCUGGGCACCCUGGUCUCCACGGGGCAGCUGGAGACGUCGCUGGAGCCCAGCCAGUGCCUCUAGAUCAGCCAAAGAGGGCGGUCAGCUGUCCGAAUCCCAGACAGAUGCUGCGGGCCAGCCCCCCACUACCCACACCCCCAUCAAGCCAGACUCAAGUUGCCAGUUCCAGUGGGGUCGGCUGCCCCAACUUGACAGGCCCUGGAGGCCACGGCUGCAGCCCCUGGCAUGAGAGGCAGGCCGGAGCAACACCACGGAGACCCCCCGUGCACCUUCUCCACUGGCUGUGACCCGGUGGUUCCAAGGUGGGGGUUCCAUUGCGCGCCGCUCUAUCCCAGUAGGGAUAGUUUCAUGCUGGAUUCCGAUCCUAAAGCUCCACCCGCCUCCGAUGGCAUUAUGAAACUCUCCAGACCACGCAGGAAACUAAACUGAUGUGUGUCGUUUAGCGGAAGGGGAAGAGGACGGCGGGGACACGUGGAGGGCCUGGGGACAGCCGGAAAGGUUCUAUUUCUUAACCCGGGUGAUGGUUAGGAGUGUUCGCCUUAUGCCUUGGUGUGGUUCCUUUUAUCAUUGUCUUCUAAUAAAAAGGCAGACUCCUCUGUAGGAUGAUGUAAGAGGAACGUUCCACUUCUCCUUACGUUCUUCCAUUUAGGCUGAUUAAGGUGUGUGGGGCUCUCCAUCCCCACCCUGUUCAGUAAUGGAUUCUGGAUGGUUCGGUAACGCAUUCUAGAUGCACAGAUGCGCGCGGGACUUCAGGUCUCCCUGCUGCAGCGAAGGGGAAACGCAGUGUGACCUGUAGGUGGCGUCGGAGAUCAAGCUAACGCUCGCAGAUCCAUCCUGAACCUGCAUUUAACAUCCUUCACCUAGAAAGGAUGAGGGGUGCCCUGGGCCGGGGCUUUUGGUUCUGGGACUUGUGAUGCAUGAAUCAGCCUGAGCUUAGUGUCUUUCAUCCCAAUAAGCUCUUGGUGUUUGCUGAACCAACAAAUGAAAAUCCAAACGUCUUGUCGAUGGACAUUUUACUUGGGCAAAAACCUUAGAGGAGGCUCUGGAAUGCCAGUGGAUAUGAUUUAUCCAGAGUGGUUUCCCUGUUUGGCAUCUUCAAGUACAAUCUUUGUUUAAUACAAAUUCUUAUGUGCUGUCAUCAAGUUAAACAUCUGUGCUUUUAAAACAGACUAAAUAGAUAUGUUGUUUUUUGGUAAACGAGGGGGGGAAAGACGUGAAAACUUUUAUAGAUUGUAUACAAGGGAAUAAAUAGUUCACUUAUGAAGGAUA